AUGGCCGACAGCAGCAUCUGCCGCCACCAGCACUGUGGACAACCAAGCAAGAAAAUUACGUUCAUAGACGAUUAUUCAAGAUUUAGCUACCUAUACUUAAUACAUGAGAAGUCCCAGUUAGUGGACGUUUUCAAGGAAUUUAAAGCCGAAGUUGAACUUCAACUAGGCAAGAAAAUUAAGGCAGUCAAAUUUGAUUUUGGUGGUAAGUACUACAGUAGAUUUGAUAGAUCAGGAGAACAACAUCCAGGACUCUUCGUUAUCUUCAUAAAGGAAUGUGGAAUCGUCCCACAAUACACAAUGUCAGGUAAGCCUAACAUGAAUGGUGUUGCCGAGAGACGAAACAAAACUCUUAAGGACAUGAUUGAUCUCAUAAAGAAUAAAGCAGGACUAGUUGGAAAUAGCCGAGCUCUUCUUCCUCCUUCCCUUCCGUUCUUCAGCCGAGAUCUUCUUCCCGGCCGAGCCCCGGCGUUCUUCUCGCCCAAGAGUCGCGCCGUUUGCUUCUCACCGGAGCACCUCCGUUCGCCUGAGCUCCUCCGGUCUCUUGUUGCCCAAUCUGCGCCGUUCUCUGUUUUCUCACCGAGACAAUAUGAGGUCGAUUUGCCCGUAGAAGAUAUUGAGGGAGAGGGAGAACAAGAAGGGCAACAGGAACAACAACAUGGUAUGGAUGCACAAGAAGCAGAAACAUCUGAAAUGGAUGGUCGGCAACAACGUAAUUACAUGGUUGAUUUUAGGGAUCAUCUAGCUAAUCAAAUGUGGGAUUCGAAAGGGAUAAAGUUCUCGGAGUCGUCAAACGACAACCAAAAUUCAAUACCACUGGUUGAGCUGACAGUGAGAAACGGAAGCUCUCUGAGGCUGCAAAUACCAAACGCACAUGUGACAUCUUACAAGCCAAAGGUUCACUGGAAGGAUGAUGGUUUUGAAGAAGUUCUCUACACUACUACUGCUGCUACUGCCGGUGCCGGUGCCAAAGGCGGCAUUGCUUUGGUCCUCAACGAUGUCUCUGCGCCUCCUCCGACGCCACCUAAUUAUUCCAAAACCAAGACUAAGACGAGUGCUUCUACUUCUACUUCACUUCUCUCUGCUUCUCAGUGGACCGUCAAAGACGUUGACUCCGACGCCAUCGAUGCUCUUCAGGUUGAAUUGAGCUGCAGCAGUGGAUCGCUAGACCUGACAUAUGUCGUGACACUGUAUCCAGUGAGUAUGGCGACAGCAGUGAUAGUAAAGAACAAAGGCAUGAAAGAUGUGACAAUGACCAAUGCAAUACUCAGCCAUUUCAAGUUCAAGAGAAGGAAUGGGGCUGCAAUUCAAGGCCUCAGAGGCUGCACCUACUGCACUCACCCCCCUCUCUCCUCUCCCUUGGAGUUGUUCUCCCCCGCUGAAACCAUGAAACCCGAUCCUUCCCCUCUUUCUGAUUGGCUCUUUUUUGGUCCCGAGCCAGAGAACAAACCCGGUGUCUGGACCGAACAAGACGUUCCUUUCACCAUUCUCAAGAACAAGCUUAGUAGGGUCUAUGCCGCUCCUCCUCAGGAGAGGUUGAAGCCUAUUUAUAACACUCCACCUUCUUACUAUGAGACCCUCGAUCAGGGGCGUGAGCUAUUCUUUCGGGUGAUAAGGAUGGGGUUCGAAGACAUCUACGUGUCGAGCCCUGGUUCGUUGGCAGAGAAAUACGGCAAGGAGCAUUUUGUGUGCACUGGACCUGCUUCAAUGCUGGUGCCUGUAAUUGUCAAACCGGGUGAAGAUUGGAGAGGGGCUCAAGUUAUUGAGCAUGAUAAUUUGUAAUAAUCUUUCAAAUACUAUUAUUCCAUCUGCUUUCUUUCUGUCUGUCCCUUUUUUUUUUUUUUUUUUUUAAAUUUUCUCUCUAUUAUUUUCCGUUUUGUAUAACAGUAUUAUAUAAAGAUAUCAUACUCUGCCUUCCCUAUGGAGCAACUAUUGUUGUAGUGACUAGUAAGAAUGAGAAUGAGUCUGAAUAAUGGAGUCAUUUACUAGCAA